CUUAUUAACAAUUUUUAGCAAAUACUUGUGAUAAAAGUGCAAAAGCACAAUAAAAAAAACUUUCAUCGAACCUUGUAUGCCGGUUAAUGUAUCCGACAUUAUGACUCCAAACUGAGCUGACAAACCAGUGUAGAUCAGAGAUGGUGACUUCCACUUGAUUUUGAAGGCUACCGAAAGUAUCCAGACCAAGGAACCUGUGGAAUCUACCUAAUAAUGUCUGAUUCCUUGGUUAUUUGCGUUUGCGAUUACUGGCAGCAAUGUCAUUUCCACAAUCGUCCAAAUCGGGAAGCCGGCGACUCUUGCCGAGAAUCGAAACCUUUAAGAAGGCUUAUCAUUAACGUGGAUGCCAUUAAUGGAAAUUACUACCUGCGCGAGUUCCUCUAUCAAAAGGAGCUGGGCAGGAGACUGAGGAGCAAGCAUGGCGUCCAGUUGCUCUGGCUGUCCUUUAAGCCGCCGGAAAAAGACACUGUCGACUACAGAUUCGCGGACAUUCUAGCACACACACUAUGGGAGCAUAUCGAGGUGGAUCACCUUAUGUCCUGGCUCUCCACACUUGGUGGCGGUUUCUCUGCCCUUGGCGAGCAGUUUGAGCGAUGCGCGGCGACGGCCGGCAAGAUCUCACUGCAGCAGUUAAAGAUUGGUCUACGUCUCGGAGAUCCCUUCCUCCAAGCUCGCUGUAAGCUGUAUUUUAGCAUCUCGCUAAUACAGCGGGGUCACCUCCGAACUGCGAAACACGUGAUUCGGGAACAGUACGCUUUCGCCAAGAGCAACGCCGAAAAGGAUAUGCGUUUGGUGCGGAUGUGCCUGGGUAUUUGGCAGCGUCUUAGCUAUGAGUACGAGCAGAGGCGGAUGCGGAUAAAGGCCAAAUAAGAUCCAAUCAUAUAUAUGCCUUUAAAAUUGUAUAUUACAAAUCAAAUUAUUUCAAAUUGUAAAUUAUAUUGGGAAUGAGAGCGGCUCGGAGUUCCUUUCUAUUAUGCAAGCAUUAAGUUAAGAAUAUUGUUUUCAAAAUUUUGUUUAAUAUGUAAUUGUAUAUACAACAUUAAAGCAUUUACAUUAUUAACUUA